AUGAAAAACCAGAAACGUCCCCCGGACUGUGAGCUCCCUGUGGCCAGGGGACGUGCCCACCAACUCCGCCACACUGAACUCCACACCACGUCGUCCAACCUGUCCCCGCCCCAAUUCUGUCCCCAGGACAACUCUGUCCCCGUGGACCCCCACCCCAAUUCCGUCCCCCAGACGUCCAGCCUGUCCUCAGGCCAAUUCUGUCCCCGCGGACCCCCGGCCUGGCCCCAUCCCAAUUAUGCCCCCGCGGCCCCCCGCCCCAAUUGUGUCCCCCAGACCCCCAGCCUGUCCCCAGGACAAUUCUGUCCCCGCAGCCCCCCGCCCCAAUUCUGUCCCCCAGACCCCCAGCCUGUCCCCAGGACAAUUUUGUCCCCCAGACCCCCAGCCUGUCCCCAGGCCAACUCUGUCCCCGCAGCCCCCCGCCCCAAUUCUGUCCCGCAGACGUCCAGCCGGUCCCCAGAACAAUCCUGUCCUCGCAGAGCCCCGCCCCAAUUCUGUCCCCCAGACCCCCAGCCUGUCCCCAAGACAAUUCCGUCCCCUCAGCCCCCCGCCCCAAUUCUGUCCCCGCAGACCCCCAGCCUACCCCCAGCCUGUCCCCAGGACAAUUCCGUCCUCGCAGACCACCGCCCCAAUUCUGUCCCCCAGACGUGCAGCCUGUCCCCAGGCCCACCCUGUCCCCGCAGCCCCCCAAUCCCAAUUCCGUCCCCCAGACCCCCAGCCUGUCCCCAGCCCAAUCCUGUCCUCGCGGACCCCCAACCCCAAUUCUGUCCCCCAGACCCCCAGCCUGUCCCCAGGCCCACCCUGUCCCCGCAGCCCCCCAAUCCCAAUUCUGCCCCGCAGACCCCCAGCCUGUCCCCAGGACAAUUCCGUCCCGGCAGCCCCCCGCCCCAAUUCUGUCCCCCAGACGUGCAGCCUGUCCCCAGGACAAUCCUGUCCUCGCGGCCCCCCCAACCCCAAUUCUGUCCCCCAGACGUGCAGCCUGUCCCCCAGGCCCACCCUGUCCCCGCAGCCCCCCAACCCCAGUUCUGCCCCGCAGACUCCCAGGCUGUCCCCAGGCCCACUCUGUCCUCGCGGCCCCCCAAUCCCAAUUCUGUCCCCCAGGACGUCCAGCCGGUCCCCAGGCCAACUCUGUCCUCGCGGCCCCCCGCCCCAAUUCUGUCCCCCAGACCCCCAGCCUGUCCCCAGGCCAACCCUGUCCCCGCAGCCCCCCGCCCCAAUUCUGUCCCCGCAGACCCCCGGCCUGUCCCCAGGCCAACUCUGUCCCCGCAAACCCCCGCCCCAAUUCUGUCCCCGCAGACCCCCAGCCUGUCCCCAGGACAAUUCCGUCCUCGCAGACCACCGCCCCAAUUCUGUUCCCCAGACGUGCAGCCUGUCCCCAGGCCCACCCUGUCCCCGCAGCCCCCCAACCCCAGUUCUGCCCCGCAGACUCCCAGGCUGUCCCCAGGCCCACCCUGUCCCCGCAGCCCCCCGCCCCAAUUCUGUCCCGCAGACCCCCAGCCUGUCCCCAGGACAACUCAGUCCUCGCGGACCCCCAACCCCAAUCCUGUCCCCGCAGACCCCCAGCCUGUCCCCAAGACAAUUAUGCCCCCGGCGGCCCCCGAGCCCCAAUUCCGUCCCGCAGCCCCCCAGCCUGUCCCCGGGACAAUUCUGUCCCCGCGGCCCCCCGCCCCAAUUCCGUCCCCCAGACGUGCACCCUGUCCCCAGCCCCACCCUGUCCUCGCGGACCCCCAACCCCAAUUCUGUCCCCCAGGACCCCCAGCCUGUCCCCAGGCCCACUCUGUCCCCGCGGCCCCCCAACCCCAAUUCUGUCCCCCAGACCCCCAGCCUGUCCCCAGGACCGUUGUGUCCCGCGGCCCCCCGGCCUGUCCCCAUGACAACCUGACGUCCCCCCCCCUCCCCCCCGCCGGAGGUCCCCCCGCCCCGACGGGCCCCGGGCCGCCCCCCGACGUACCGGAGACCUGUGUGUGUGUGUGUGUGUGCGUGUGUGUGUAG